AUGGUGAGGAAGCACCGAGGUUCGGUCCGCGUAUCAGGGAGGAGACACGGACGUCGGUCAACAAUACCCGGAAGUCUGGACUACGGGAAAUCAAGGUGUGGGCUGCCCGCUAGAUCCGGUAGCAUGAAGUACUCGAGUGAGGGUGGCAACAAGAAACUCAGCUUUGCAGACGUGGUUGUGUCGGUUGACGAUCAUCGUCGCUUGAUGCAGACGACAAUUAGUUGGGAUGCCCGAAAGAGCGAUGACGCCCUGCCCGAGUAUGGGGAUUUCUUUUACCUGAUCAGAGAAGCGGGAAACGAGUCAGAGAACUGCUGCGACCUUACGUGCAAAACGUCCGGACUAUUAUUCAACUCGCGCGUGAAGUACCUCGAGGAUUGCCCCAAGGAGCCACGCAUCCCAGUGUACCUGCUUGUGGGUGGCUGCUUUGGCAUCAUCAAACUUCUCUCCUCACUCUGGCGCAACAUCCAGACGCGCAGGAAUCGUGACGUCAUCUCCGACGACCCGGAUUCAGACGGUGCCUUUUCUAGCUCUACGUACCGCACUAUGGACGCGUUGCUGUUUGUUUUCUUGUUUGGUUGGCAUAUUGCUGGAACAUAUUGGGCGUUUAAUAUCUGGACGCCUCAUUUUGACCAGCUCCUCUACGAGCCGAGCAACUGGUGUGAUAAAACGGUGUACAUGUUCACUGUUUAUCAGUUGUGCACGUGCUACGUCGUCAUGGCGGCGUUCUUGUUGGUGCUUUUAGUGUUCAUGUGUUUCCAAAAGUGCUGCUGUCGAUAAACAAGCAGGCGACUGAUUCAUAUUUACAUUCAUAUCAUCUGGUUCAAUCGUCUAUAUUCCUACCUAUGCCUGUCAUUUAGUUAUACCUACAUGUACACGUACUAUAUUGUACGUAUCAUUAUCAGUAUCGU